AUUCCAGUGAACAUUAGUACAAUUUCUCAUAUAGUUCGUGUCAAUGGCCAUAAAUCAGCCCCUCCCCACCCCCAAUCGCAGUAUCCCACCACAUCAAUCAACAAGCCCCCAAGACCAAUAAGUCCCCUGCAUCUCCCGAGCGUCGAGUUGAGCCAGAGUUUGCUUCGAGAGAUUAAAUUUAUUCCGUCGAGAUGGCAUCGCAGGCGAUCGAGGUGAACAGGGAGGGCGCGGAGGUGUACCGUGGUGCGGCGUUGUGCGCAGAGAAGGCGAUGGAGCUGCUGGCCGAGACCAACAUGCCGCUGGCGGACAUCGAGGAGGUCGGCUACAACCGCUCCACGGGUUUCGUGUGGCUGCGCCAGAGGAAGGCGCUCACGCACACCACCGAGGUGACGGCCUUGGUCGAGGACCGCAAGAUGAAGUGCAUCACGGGGGUCAAGAGCAAGGAGCCCCUCGUCUGGGUCACCGUCUGCGACAUGUACAUCGACAAGAACGACCACUCAAAGAUCACGUUCAAGACGCCCACCGGACUGGGAAGUGUUAGCAAAUAAGCCACGGUUGUCUGAAAGUAGUCUGAUUAGUGUCCGAGUA